CCCCACCCAUUUUCUUCAAGCUAAGAGCCAAAUAUAUGCUGAGAUUUUGAAGUGAAAAUACUCUCCCAAAGUUUAUUCAAGCACCCACCAUAUUUACUUCAUCUUUAAAACCUUCGAUUCUUCAUAUACUUCGUUAUAUACACAAGGUUUUAAACCCCGAGGCUUCGUUCCAACCAACCUAGCCAAAUCUCGCUUAGCUCAUUUUCAUACCACUCUUUUUGUCCUCCCGAAGGGCUCUCCAAAGUUCGUGUGCAAAGCCAAAAUCCGGUCGAACCUCCGACGAAUUUUUCCGGCGAACUUUUUGUAAGUGGUUAUUUUAGCUUCGUUUUACUCGUGUCUUAACCGACCAUUUUCGACAAAGGGCUUUUGAACAAAAAUAUUCUCUUCAUCUUUAAAGCUCUCUUUGUUUACAAAACACACGAGUUAGCCACUCGUUAUAUAUUUGUGCGUGUGUUUUGUCCCGGAACCUAACUCGUAUCCUUUGAGAUUUCCUCACCAAACUUUGGAGGGAUCUUUGCCUUGGCACGGAAAGCCGGAUAUAAGGCCAAAGUGAGGUGAAGUGAAGUGAGGUGAUCUUCGUUCUAAGACCCAAGUCCUUGACGUAUUGACGGGGAGUUAAUAGUCAUUGCACCGUGAAGAAGAGGAAAGACCCGAGAUCUAAUACCUAAGACCCGAGACCGGCAAAAGGUGUAGAAGUACAAAGACUACACAAGGCUCUACAUCGACUUUGAGGAAGUAACGGGGAGUUACGUUCCGAGACAAGCUUUGUAGGUGUUUUUACAUUUAUAGUGAGGAGGUAACGGGAAGUUACGCUCCAAGAUAUAUAUUUGUAAAGGCUUCUCCGCCUACUUUAAAGGAGUAUCUUUUUAGUAGAGAAAAUCUCGAGUCCGGGGAGGAGCUCGGGGACUGGACUAGGGGUGAGUGGACUCCAUCGGUUGAGUUAGCCACCGCGAACCAGGAUAAAAUCCCUCGUGUGGUAUUUUUCUUUCUUUGCUUUUUGCUUCCGCAUUUACAACUGCCAUUACUCUAGAUACAAGCUUUUAAAAAGGGGAUAAACUUUUUAAAACGCCAUAAAGUUUUUAAACUGGUGAUUAAGCUAUUCAACCCCCCCUUCUAGCUUAAUUAUCCUUAUAUACGGACCUAACAAAUAUAUAGUGUCAAGUUGUCUUUCUUUCUUAUAUCGCUAACUUAUCGAUGUGGUAAUCAUUGAGAUGCACAAUCUCAAUGAUUACCACAUCGAUAACUUAUUCGGAAAUCUUCGUGCUUACGAAGAAGAUAAUGUUCCGGAUAUUGUCGUUCCUAAAGUGGAAGACAAAAAGAAAAAUAUGGCUUUGAAGUCCAUAUUAAUCGAUGAGGAUGAUAACGACGAGGAGUUGAAUGAAGAACUCCAAAAUCUCGACGAAAGCGAGAUCGCUCUCUUAACGAGACAACUUCGUCGUGUACUUCAAAGUAAAGCUCAAAGGUAUGGAAAAGGCUUCCUUAAAUCGAAUAAUCAACAAAGAGUUUUUAACUCUAAUGGAAGGCCUAAUUACUCUCCAAACUAUACUCCAAAUUAUAAGAGUAAUUAUCCUACUACGGGCUAUAACAAAGGCAAAGUCAAUCAAAGCCCUAAUGCUUAUAAUCAUGCCAACAACAACCAUACUUACACUCCUCCUAAACCAAAAGAACAAAAUCCGGAGGAAGCACAAGAUGUGUGUUUCGAGUGUAAGCAACCCGGUCACUUUAAACGGGAAUGUCCUAAACUUUCUAAAGGAAGGAUUCUCGUGGCCGAAAAUGGUUGGGAUUUAAGUGAAGAUGAAGAGAUCUCGGAAACUAAUGAAGAAGUGGUCAACUUGUGCUUGAUGGCUCUCGAGGAUGAUUCUUCGUCAUCGGAUGUCUCCACUUCAAAUGAUGAGGUUAGUUCUCGAUCUAAAGUUUUACAUAACUUACAUCUCUUUAGUGAAUCUUCGUUGCAUUUAUUGGAUUUGAGUAAAAGUGAUUUGAUUGAUUUGGUGGUUGAAAUGAAUAAAAUAAGUAGUAGUGCUAAUCAACGUACUCUCUCACUAUGGUCCGAGAAGGAAAACAUUGAAAAGUUGAAUAAAACUCAAGAAGAAGAGUUAUCUCGGAUUAAGGAUUUAAAUCUUAAAAAUGAGGAAGAAAUCUCAUCUCUUUGUGAACAAAAUGAUAUCUUGAAAAAUGAGCAUAAUAAGAGUAAAGAUAUUAUUAUGAGAUUGGAAGUUGAAAAUGUUUCCUUAGUUCUACAAACCGAGGAAUUAGAAAAUGAGAAGCUACAAUUAAAUGGAGAUAAUACUAAGCUUCAUAUUGACUUGUUAAAUUUGAAAAUCCAAAAUGAGUCAUUAACUCAAGAAAAAUCAACUUCGGUUUCUCAAAAAGAUAAUCUUGAAUUAGUUCAUACCUUGAAAGAAAAAGACAAGAUAUUUGAGUUAGAAACUCAAAAGUUGAAGGAUGAACACUCCAAGAUUUUAGCUCAUGUUUUAGAUCAAGAAAGGAUUCUUAAUGAUAAAUUAAAUAUCUUGAUUAAGGAAAAUGAAAAUCUUGAAGUUGUAGUUCAAAGGUUCACUAAGGGAAAUAAGAUGUUAGAUAGAAUGGUACAUUCUAAGACAUCAUAUAAUCAUGAAGGAUUAGGAUAUGAUAAAAAUGCUCAAACUAAAAAGUUUGUACAUGAUAAGAAACAAACUACCUUUGUUCCCGCCUCACCUAGAUAUAAAUGUUCAUAUUGCAAUAAAGAUGGACAUACGGUUGAAUAUUGUAGAAUCAAGAAUGGUGAGAUUAAGGGGAAGUAUGUAUGGGUUCGUAAAGGAACAAAACCAUAUCAUAAGGUUGAUCAAAACGUGAGAAAGAAAAACGUUGAUAACACUCAAAGACAACCACGGUUUAGUUAUGUUCAACAACCUAUUUCGUAUCAACAUAGAAACACAAGGUAUAACUCAAAUGGACAAACUUCUAGAAGUCGUUCUAUUCCUAGUCAACAUUUCUAUCCACGAAAUACCAUGUAUUAUCCAAAUGAUAGAAAUAACAUGUAUCAAGGUGUAAACUUACAAAGAAACAAUCCUUUAAGAAACACAAGAUACUAUGACUAUUCUAGGAAUGUUGCAUCUAGAAACUCCUAUGUGCCUAAUCAUGAUUAUGCUAUGCCUAGUUUCUAUCAUGCGAACUCGAAUGCUUAUAAUGAUACGCUAACCCUAGGACCCUUAAGACGAAAGGGUACCUAUAAAUUUAAUUGAUUUGUUUUGUAGGUGUGCCUUGUUACUAAGCAUGAUAUGUGGUACCUUGAUAGUGGUUGUUCGAGACAUAUGACCGGUAAUAAGUCUCUCUUGAAUGGCAUUAGAAAGGUUGCCGCUGGAAGUGUCACGUUUGGAGAUAGUAGCAAGGGUAGUAUCAUUGGUAUUGGAGAUAUUGGUAAUGAACAUUUCAAGAUUGCUAAUGUACAACUAGUUACGGGACUUAAGUAUAAUCUUCUCUCCAUUAGUCAACUUUGUGAUAAUGGAUAUAAGGUAAUUUUCUAUCCUACUCAUUGUUCUAUUUUAAAUAAGGAUGGAAAAUUGAUGCUUACUUGUCCUCGUAGCAAAAAUGUGUACACUUGUGAUAUUAGCAAACAUUCUAAUGUAUGUCUAUUUUCUACUCUUGAUGAUCCAUGGUUGUGGCAUCGUAGAUUAGGACAUGCGAACAUGAAAUUAAUUAAAAGUAUUUCAACAAAUCAUCAUGUUAGGGGUAUACCUAAGUUAAACUUUAAAAAGGAUCAUAUUUGUGAAGCUUGUGAAAUAGGAAAGCAAAUUCGAGCAUCUCACAAAGCUAAGUUUAUGGUAUCUACCUCUAGACCUCUUGAACUAUUACAUAUGGAUUUAAUUGGACCGGUUCCGGUACAAAGUCUUGGAGGUUGUUCAUAUACCUUGGUCAUUGUUUAUGAUUUUUCACGAUAUACGUGGACAUAAUUUCUCAAAGCUAAAAGCGAUGCUUUUGAAUCAUUCUCUUCUUUAUGCAAAAAGAUUCAAAAUCAACAAAAUAAUACCAUUGUCUAUAUAAGGACUGACCAUGGUAAGGAAUUUGAGAAUUCUAGUUUUACUACGUUUUGUGAGUCAAAUGGAAUCACACAUAACUUUUCUGCACCUUAUACUCCUCAAUCUAAUGGAGUUGUAGAAAGGAAAAAUAGGACUUUACAAGAAAUGGCAAGUACUAUGCUUAAUGAAUAUCGUCGUCCUAAAUAUUUUUGGGCCGAAGCUAUGUCUACCGCGUGUCAUAUCUUAAAUCGAGUAUUAUUACGUCCUAUGACUCAAAAGACUCCCUAUGAAUUGUAUUA